AUGAUCAUGGCCAUACAGAAGAUAUUGCAGACUCGGAGGAGGCGGAAUGCGAGGGUCAACUUUGAGGGGGAGCCCUGCUUGCUCCAAAGCCUCACGACUCCUGGCAACAAACAAACCCUCUACUUCAUACAGCCUCCAACCGUUUUCGUCCGCCAUACGGUCACUCGGUCGUGCUCAGCUCCGGCCUCACCUCUGCCCUCCGACAAGCUGGGACCCUCCGAGCCCUGUCGCGGGCUGGAAUUCGGCAGCGCCUCGAUGAUGGCCUCGUCUUAG